AUGAAGAACCAGACACUACAGAUAGAGUUUAUUCUACUGGGACUGACAGAGGAUUCUCAGUUACAGAUGAUCAUUUUCUUAUUUCUACUUUUCAUUUACAUGUUGAGCAUGAUGGGAAACUUAACCAUCAUUGCCCUUACCCUGUUGGAUACCCAUCUCAAGACUCCAAUGUAUUUCUUCCUCAGUAAUUUCUCUUUCCUGGAAAUCUCAUUCACAACUGCCUGCAUCCCCAGAUAUCUAAUCCAAAUUAUAACCAGAGAGAAGACCAUUUCCUAUAAUGGUUGUGCAUCUCAGCUCUUUUUUUAUAUCUUUCUGGGAGUAACAGAAUUUUUCCUUUUAGCAGUUAUGUCCUAUGACCGCUAUGUUGCCAUCUGCAAGCCCUUGCAUUAUACAUCCAUCAUGAACAGCAGAAUUUGUCACCAGCUUGUACUAGGGUCUUGGGCAGCUGCGUUCCUGGUCACUUUCCCUCCACUGGUUUUGGGUCUGAACCUGGAUUUCUGUGCUUCAAAUAUCAUUGACCAUUUCAUUUGUGAUAUUUCUCCUGUCCUACAACUUUCUUGUUCAGACACACACUUACUAGAAUUGAUUGCUUUUUUAUUAGCUCUGUUGACGCUCAUUGUCACAUUGUUACUAGUUAUUACUUCUUACUCCUACAUCAUCAGGACAAUUCUACAAUUCCCUUCAGCUCAGCAAAAGAAAAAAGCCUUUUCCACCUGCUCGUCUCACAUGAUUGUUGUCUCCAUCACUUAUGGCAGUUGUAUAUUCAUCUACAUAAAGCCGUCAGCCAAAGAAAGAGUUGACAUAAGCAAAGGAGUAGCCGUGCUCAACACUUCAGUCGCCCCGUUGUUGAACCCAUUCAUUUACACUCUGAGGAACCAGCAAGUGAAACAAGCCUUCAAGGCUGUAUUCAAAAGGGUAUUUUCUGCUUCAGACAAAUAA